AUGAAGGACAAACUAAGGGAAGAGAUUACACGCUAUUUUGAGGUUCAUGAAAGUGGAAAAGAAUUUGUGAUGAAUAGACUUGGUAUUCUUCUAUGGAACUUCAGAAGAAAGUUGUACGCAGAUUACAUCAAGCCACAUCUAGGCAAUCCCAACAAGCUUGAGAAAAUCUCCGUUCGUUAUCGUGCACUAAUCACUAAACAAGAUGAUUGGAACAAAUUUGUGACUUAUACGCAAUCUGAACAGUUUAAUGUUAAAAUAUUUUUUCAAAAAGACUAUCAAAGCGAGAAAGAUUUCAAAGUAUGCUCAUCAGAUGGGAUGAGGGGGUAUACUACUCUUAGGAGGAAGUUGAUUGAAGAGAAUGUGAUUUCAAAGGAGCAAAUGCCCCCAAGGUCAGUUAUUCGGUGUAAGGGGCGUGAAAGUAAAGGAGGAUUUAAGGAUGAAGAUGUUAAAAUCAUGUUCAAUAGACUUAUGGAACAUGAGAAGCAGAUAAAAGAAGGACAAGUAAAUGUUGAACCAGGAACGGAUGCCAUGACCUUAUUUUUGGCAAGGAAAAGGGUGGAUUUUUAA